AUGAAUAUAAAUCAAAUGCAAGCUCAAGGUUCAAGUAAAUUACCUUCUCAAACAAUGCCAAACCCAAAAAAUGUGAGUACGUUGACUCUUCGAAGUGGAAAAACCACAACAGAACCAAUAAAAAAAGUUCCAAUUGGAUCAGAUUUUGUUGCAUCAAUUCCGGAUUCACAUUUAAAAGAUUUUGUAUCAAGAAAUUUGAAUUCAGAACCCACUCAACCAGUUCAGAUCAGUGGAAGAAAUACAUCAGAACAAACUUCAACAACUUUUUGUUCAGCAGAACAAAAUGACUCACAUUCAACUCCAAUUUCAGCUCAAAAUAUAGAGAAAGAAUCACAACAGCAAGGUAUUGAGGUUGCUGUACCAUUACCUUUUCCUCAAAGAAGAGUCCAACAAAGGAAAAAUGUUGAGGAAGAGAAAGCUAAGGAAUUUCAAGAACUCGUGAAUUUGUUUAGCAAAGUGGAGGUGAAUGUGCCCUUGUUAACCAUGAUAGAACAAGUUCCGAAAUAUGCAAAAUUUCUCAAGGAUGUAUGUUUGCAUAAGAAGAAAUUAAAGGGGAAUGAACUAGUUAGCAUGGGAAAAAAUGUUUCAACCCUUAUUCAACCCAUUCCUCAGAAGUGUGAUGAUCCAGGAGUUUUCACCGUGCCAUGUACUAUUGAAAAUUAUGUGUUUGAGGAUGCUAUGCUGGAUUUAGGAGCUUCUAUUAAUGUAAUGCCGAAAUCAGUUUUUCUAUCAUUAGGUAUUGGUCCUCUACAGCCUACGGGAGUUGUUAUUCAGUUGGCCAACCGUAGUCAGGCUCAUCCAGCUGGAGUGAUUGAGAAUGUUUUGGUUAAAGUGCGUGACCUUAUAUUUCCAGCUGAUUUCUACAUUUUGGAUAUGGAAGGUAAAGGAAAAGCUAAGAUAUGAAGGGAGACGACAGGAUGGUGGUGGUGAUGAAGGUGUGUG